AUGAUUUAUAGUGAUCUUGAACGAGAAUUUAAUGAAAAACAAGCCAAUGUUCAAUUACUAGAAAAAGAAAUUGUCGAAAAUCGAAAACGCUGUGCUGAAUUAGAAAAAGAAAUUGAUCAAGUUAAUAAAGAAAUUGGUGAAGUUCAAGUAAAUUUAUUCUAUAGAGUUAGUAAAAGGUUUCUAUGUAUUUUUUUGUUUUUAAUAUUAGUCCCACAAAAAUGAAACAAGUCGUGCACAAUGACGUGCUGAACUUAUCGAAAAUUUUAAACAAUUUCCAAACGUGGUACAUAUUUUAAUAUAAGUGUUCAUUAUAUUGAAUUCAAUAAAUAAUUUAGUCUUACAUAGAUUGAUAUGAUUGGUCCAUGACAUUUUUUUUUGAGUUUAAUUAUGUUAAGUUAAAGAGAUACUUUUUAACAAUUUUGAAUUCAUGCGCAAUUUAUUAUUUCAAAAAAAAAUAAAGGCUGAUUCUGUUGUCUUUCAAACUCAUACAUUCUUAAGUG